AUGGGCACUCAGCUGCACAGACCUCCUAACCAAGAACGCCUGGGCGCAAUGACGAAGUCGACGGCAGUGUCACGAAAUCUUGAGUACAUCCCAACGGUGGACGCCCUCAGAUGUGAAGACCUGGAUGCCUGCAACAUUGCAGAUCUGGAAAUGAGCAGCCAUUUCAUCCUGGCGGCGAUCAACUCUUCCGUAUAUUCCAUCACGAUUCUCGGUGUACCCGAAUUUGUCAUGCGAAUCCCACAGCCUCGUCCCUACACCAUCUUGAAUUCCUACGAGGAUCGCGUCGAGCACAGCGACUAG